AUGGCGCCGUCUUUCCUCACUGUUCAUUUCGAUGACCAGAAUCCAAACUCGGAAAAGGGAAAAGAGGCUGGUGCGAGGAGAUCUCUCGCUGGCCUUGAUUACUCGCCUUUGCCUCGCAUCACGCCCAGAUCCUUCCUCCUAGCUACGUUUGUCUCUAUGGGUGGUCUUCUCUUCGGCUAUGAUACAGGUCAAAUUUCAGGCUUCCUCGAGAUGCCAGACUUUCUCGACCGUUUCGCCCAAACAAACAGCAAGGGGGAAAAGGAAUUCAGCACAGUCCGCUCAGGUCUCAUCGUCGCGCUUCUCUCAAUCGGUACGCUCAUGGGUGCACUGAUCGCAGCGCCUGUUGCAGACCGCAUUGGAAGAAAGUACAGUAUCUCCGGCUGGACGUGGGUGAUUGCUAUUGGCUUCAUCAUCCAAAUUUCUUCAGACAGGGAUUGGGUGCAGAUCAUGAUGGGCCGAUGGGUCGCUGGUCUUGGAGUCGGCGCCUUGUCGCUGCUUGUUCCUAUGUUCCAGGGCGAGACUGCACCGCCGUGGAUUCGUGGUGCGAUGGUUUGCUGUUAUCAGCUCUUUAUUACGAUGGGUAUCUUCUUGGCUGCGUGCUUCAACUACGGCACUGUAACGCACCAUCCCAACAGCUCAGCCUGCUGGCGCAUCGUCAUCGGCGUCGGCUGGGUCUUUACUCUUGUUCUCGGCAUUGGAAUUUUGUUUCUGCCUGACACGCCCCGUUUUGACUACCGCAAUGGCAAAGUCGAUCGUGCGCGUGAAACUCUCUGCAAAGUAUACGGCGCGACGCCAAACCAUUGGGCGAUCCAUACUCAAAUGGAAGAAAUCGAGUCCAAGCUCCGCGCCGAGAGUCACAUCAAACAGAACCCCGUCCAAGAAUUCGUGAAUAUGUGGAAAGCGCCCCGCAUGGCUUAUCGUAUUUUCAUCGGAAUGUCGCUCCAGAUGUUUCAGCAGCUUACCGGUGCGAAUUACUUCUUUUACUACGGCACUACCAUCUUUCAGUCUGUGUCUAUCAACAGCUACAAGACGCAGAUCAUUCUGAACACGAUUAACUUUCUGGUUACGUUUAUUGGAUUGUAUAUCGUUGAGCACUACGGUCGGCGCAAGUCGCUCAUUGCGGGAAGUACUUGGAUGUUCAUCUGCUUCCUUGUCUUUGCAUCUGUCGGACAUUUCUCGCUCGAUCGCAAUGAUCCCACGAAGACUCAGGGCGCGGGUAUCGCUAUGAUCGUCUUUGCUUGUCUUUUCAUUCUGGGUUUUGCUACCACUUGGGGUCCGAUGAUUUGGACUAUCAUGGCUGAGAUCUUCCCCUCCCGAUAUCGUGCAAAGGGCAUGGCGCUUUCAACAGCUAGCAAUUGGCUCUGGAAUUUCCUCCUCGCCUUUUUCACGCCUUUCAUCACGAAGGACAUUGACUUCCUAUACGGAUACGUCUUUGCGGGGUGUAAUGUCCUUGGUGGAUUACUUGUCUACUUCUUCGUCAUUGAAGGCCAGGGACGUACUCUCGAGGAGAUUGAUACCAUGUAUCUUGAAAGGGUGAGCCCUAUGAAGAGUUCCAAGUGGGUUCCCCCUCCUCCCGAGGAGAUGUCGAGGAUCAGGAAGCAGGCUGGUACGGAUCUCGAGACUGCUGCUCCUGCGGCGUCGAGUGACGAUGAGACGCUUGCGAGGCCCUCGGGUGUUACUGAUGGUGGAAUGGGACAUCAUAAGGAGGAGCAUGCUGGCACUACGCACCGAGAGUAAGGGGAUGGUGAUGAUUGAGAUGUGAUGGGGAUUUAUUUAUGAGUGAUGUUGGAGAUGAGAUUGCAUGAUACCUACGACCUAUUCUUAUCGUUCAUAGUCAAUUUUACCGUACUUAUACCAAACGAGCUACUUGCAAAAUGUUCAUCACAGACUGAUGUUCAUGAAUGACACUGGAACUGCGAUAAGGAUACGAUAGAGGGACAGGAGGUUCAGCAUCAGCCUCAAGGUAAUGGACGCAAGGCAAUUUGCUCACUGCCUUACCGGAUGCCCAAGAUGCAGCUUUUGACUGAAAGAUCACGAUAGUUAUCAUCCGUGAUUGUAAUCAAAAAGGCUUCUCAAUGUUAACGAGCUGCGCUGUUGGCGUGGCUUGGCUUGCGCUCCAGGCAGUCGCAGUCUUGUUGACACCUGAACGAUUCACUUUCCUCCAUAGUCAACGCACUCACCCACUGCGACUUCCAUCACCCGCCAGUCACGCUGAGAUGGAAAAACAACAAUCACUCCCCCAUCUCCAUUCUGAUCCACGCAUCGAAUAACGCCAUCAUCAUCA